ACAUCAUUUACACUCUCUGUCUCGCUCACACACACACUUACACACACACGCGCGCACACACAAACGCACUUACUGGCAGCGGUAGUUUUUCCACAUUCCCCUCGGAGAGUGACACACCCUCAGACCCGAUGGAAGAGGAGGAGGAGGAGGAGGUGAGGUUUGUUCAUGCUGGACAGUUGAUGGGAGGCAGAGAGGAGAGGAAGACGCUGCUGCUGAUUUUUGGAUCUUCAACAGGUCUCGUGAGCUUCUGACAGAGGAACAGAGCUGCAGCUGACAUGACAGCGAGAGCCAAACACUGGACUCCUGAUCCCUGGUGAACUGUGUCACCAUGCCAACUCCCACAAUCCUCACAGCAACCAGGAGUCCUCAGAGAAGUUGUUAGGUUUACGAGCACAUUUACAUCUGUGUGAGACUACGCUCAGUUGGCAGGUAUGAUUACCCGGCGAGAUGUCCUGCUGGUUUUCAUGUUGCUGGUGAAGAUGGGACUUGUAGGUGGAUGCGUGUGUCCGGCAGCCACCAUAUUGUCCCAGUUUCCCUCAGAGGUUCCUGACGUCUGUUGCUUGAACUUUUCCGGCUCUGCUUUCAGCCACGUGCACUGGUCAGUGUUUACAAAUGAGACAAACAUACAGACACUGGAUCUCUCUCACUGUAAUAUCAGUUCCCUUAAUAUUACAGGCGAAGAGGCAUUGCCUCUGCAGAAGGUUUACUUAGGUCACAACAGACUAAAAGAGUUGCCAAAGGACUUUCUUGCCAGUCAGCCACGCCUGGCGUUGGUGGAUCUGAGCAGUAAUCUAAUACAGGAGCUUCCUGAUGGUUUUCUCAAGGACUCAGAAAGCCUCCAGAAGCUGUAUCUGCAGGGCAACCAGCUCCAAGUCCUCCCAGGUUCUGUUCUGCAGAAACCAAAUCUGAGAACCCUGGAUCUUGAUUGGAACCCCUGGGACUGCUCCUGUAUUUUACUGGAGGGUCUGGAGGAAGGCAGGAAGGUUAACAGAACCACCAAGUUUCCAGAGCUGGUGGGGAACUUGACCUGCGUGUCUCCAAUGCACCUUGCUGGUAGGACUGUGUUGUCUGUGAGGCUUAGCGACGUGUGCCGACCGGCCGGACUCACCGCGCUCUUCAUCGUGCUGCCUCUUCUCAUCCUCUCUGCUCUGAUUCUGUGCUGGUGCUGUGGGAGGAAGAGGAAGAAAAAAGAGGCACCUGUGAGCAGCUCCAAAAAGAAGAAAGCUUCCAGCUCAAGUAGCAACGGCCAAAAGCAUCACAAGAGGCAGCAACAUGCAGCCACUGAGCAGAAUAAAGCUGGACACUGCAGCAGAGAGGGGAUACUGAAGAACCAGCUGCUGCUACGUCCAGCAUCUACCCUCCUGGGCAGCACCAGGGACAUCUAUGAAGAGGUGGAGAUUAAGCUGGGCUCAGUGGAGUCUCUCCCCAGACAACCUUCUCAUUGUUCCUCCACAGAGGGGAAGCAGGGUCUUCAGGAGCCCGAUGGCGUCGGUAAGACAGAACUGGACGCAGUCAGUGUGACAGAGGUGAUGAAAGACUCAGCAGACAGGGAGAAGGCUUACCUGACUCAGUCAACUGAAUACUACAGCCUGGUGCCGGGUAUCGAACUGGAGGACUCGGACCACGGCGAGUAUGAGAACGUUAGCCUCUCAUGACACCAUCUUUGAGGAAUACAUCAACAUUUUGGGAAAUAUGAAUUAAAUGAGAGGAUCUGCAACACCAA